AUGCCACCGUCACCGGCUCGUCAUGGCCUGCAACAGACACUCGAUGCCGCCACGGCACGAUACGUGCAGCGGAACCCAAAAUCCAAGGCCCUCCACGACGAAGCCGCAAAGUCUCUACCGGGAGGAGGCACCAGAUCCGUCCUCUACACUGAUCCGUUCCCCUUGAGCCUGAGGUCUGGCCAUGGACACGCGGUCACGACGGAAGACGGGCACAACCUCGUCGAUCUCCUGGGAGACUUCACGGCCGGCCUCUACGGACACUCUCACCCUGUAAUUCAGGGUGUCGCGAGGCACAUCUUUGAAGACGUGGGCCUGCACAUGGGCGGGACCGUGGCCCAGGAGCAGUUGUUGGCCAGCGCCGUCUGCCAACGCUUUGGGCUUGAGCUCGUCAGGUUCACCAGCUCGGGUACCGAGGCCAACCUGCAGGCCUUAGCCGCGGCUCGCCACUUUACCAAGAAGCGCAAGAUUGUCGUUUUCGCCAACGGCUAUCACGGCAGUGUGCUGGGCUUCGCCGGUGGGCAGGCGGCUGCUAACAAUGUCGACGUUGAUGACUGGAUUGUUGCCGAGUACAACCAUCUGGAAAGCGCGGCCAAGGCGAUUCGGAGCCCGGGCGUCGCCGCCGUGCUCAUGGAAGGCAUGCAAUCCGCCGGCGGCUGCGUCUGCGGGACCCCCGAGUUCCUGGCCUGCGUCGAGCAGACGGCGUCCGAGGUCGGCGUGCUCUUCAUCCUCGACGAGGUCGCGACGUCGCGGCUUUCCGCGGGUGGACUGGCAGGCAUCCACGAGCUGAAGCCCGACCUUAAGAGCCUGGGCAAGUGGCUGGGCGGCGGCGUGGCCUUUGGGGCCUUUGGCGGCCGGGCAGACGUCAUGGCCGCCUUUGACGCUCGCCUCGCCCCGGAUGCCCUGCCGCACUCGGGCACCUUCAACAACAACACGCUGGCCAUGCACCUGGGCCACGCGGGGCUCACGCGCAUCUACACGCCCCGCGCGGCCGACGACUUCACGGCAAGGGGAGACGGGCUCCGGGCCAGGCUCGACGCGGCGACCGAGGGCACCAGGAUGCACUGGACGGGCCGCGGCACGCUGAUGAGCGCCCACUUUGCCGCCGACGGCGACGAGGCAAGGAAGCUGUGCGACCUCUUGUGGUUUGAAAUGCUCGAGGCCGGCUUCUGGAUUGCGAGGCGUGGGCUUGUUGCCUUGAUCCUGGGGACGCCGCAGGAUGCGCUCGACAGGUUCGUCGAGUGCGUCGGGGACUUUGUGUCGAGGAACGAGGGCCUCAUCGCGCUUAGUUGA